ACCAGGACUCUCUUUCAUCUUUUCUACCUUUCUUCUUAAUAUAAUGGUAAUUAUAAUUGUGCAAUUUCAGAUUUAUUUAUCAUUGUGUCAUUUAAGCAGACUUAUUUUUGAUACUCACAAUUGUGGAGACAACUAAAACAAUGAACACAGUUUUGCGUCCUAGUCCUAACGAGACAUCACGCAUGAUGCAGGAUGAAAUCCAAAGAAGAAGACAAUUAAGAAUCUUACAAGUACGAGAACAAGAAAAAAUGGCGGCGAUUCGAAUCCGCAGAUCAAUGCAAGAAAAACACGAGAAAGAAAUGAACAACAUUGCGAAUAUUUUACAUAAAAAAUGGCAACAGGAUCAUAAAGUUGCUUUGGAAAAAUCAGAAGAAAAAUUCACGUCUUGUCUGAAGGAUGUUGGUUCUGCUCAUGAAAGUGCAAAAGAAAAUUCACCAAAUCAGGCUCUUACUGAUGCGGUGACACAAGAGAAUCGUAAACUUGCUGAAAACCGUGGAAUACAAGCUUUGGAACACCAAAGAGAAAUAAAGCAGAUGCAAGAAGAGGAAACAAUUGAAAAACGUCGGCGACGCCAUAUUGCAUUAAUUAAAGAAAAACUUCGAGCGAAACAUGUAGCGAAUCUUCCCCAACCAAUGCCUAAUCCAGCUGAUACCUAUCUAGAUAACACAGGAACAACUAAUUCAAAUACAUGGUCCAGUGGUUCAAUCCCACAUCAUCCUGGACGCUACGCUACAAUUCAAGUCUCGGACCACGAGUCAACUAUGACGACUACCAUAUCUCUCGGGCUUCCUUCUAAUGCAAUUGUCGAGCGUGCGACGGCUGCAGAAGCGGCUACAGACGCAAGACAAGAGGCGGAGAUAGAAGGGGAAAGGAUCAACCUUUUACAAGCUGAAAGAGAUCGUGCUGUGCAGGAAUGCAUGGAAAAAGCUAAAGUCAGACAUCAGGCUGCAUUGGAGCAAGCAAGACUUGACCGGGAAAGCAAAGAUUUAAUAGAUGAUUUAAAACAAUUGAAAAUGAAAGAUGCAUUGAGGAGACAACACCACAUUGAAUACAAAUGGGAAGACAAUAAUCGUGGUAAACAGGCUUGCCAAGAGCUUUUCGGACCUCCUGGAUUCAGAUUUCAAGAGUCUGAAUUAUUCAGUCGUGAUUUAAAAAAGAAUGAAGAUGAAAUUCCGAGUUGUUUUGAAGAAAGUGAUGAAUCUACACAGGACACGACAAGUUGGAAGCCAGUUCCGGAUGAAACCGCUCAGCGUCCAUCACAAGGUAGAGCUUUGAAUCGUUUGUUGAAACAAAUUGAAGUGCAGCGGCAACAAAGGAAAUCGACAAAUGGUGAAACAUCAUCAGGGUCUUCGAUUAGAAAUACAAGCAUUCCUGAUAAUUUUGAAUCAAUGUCAACUAUCAGAGAAAAAAGUUCACAAUCCCAAUAUGUUGUUGACGAAAGUUCACAAGCUCAUUUCGAAACGGAAAAGUUGAUCGCGACAGAAUCACAACAGUCUGUCCCUGAAAGGGAUACUAUACCUAAGGUUCCCCUGAAUAUUAGAUAUGUGGCACCAGUGACAGAUUUAAGAAAUCAAGGCAUUGGUGUAAUGCCACAGGCAUCACCUCGAAAGCCAGCAGAGAAAGAGGUGCUGGAUCCAAUAAGAAGUGUUACCGCACAACCCCUAGUUUCUCAACCUGACAAAGUACCACAAGAUCAACCAAGCACAUCGGAAUCUAUAAAAUCAAAGUCUGAGUCUUUACUCGGAAAAAGUUUGGAGUCGAUGAGAAACGACGAAGCAUUGUUGAAAUCAGUCAAAGAUUUUCAACAACGUCUACUCCAGCAACAUAAAUCCUGUGCUAAAAUCCAAGAACAGAUUCAAAGACUUGAACAAAAGAAAGCCGCCAUUGAUGGAAUGGUAGCUGAUGUGACUAAACCAAAAACAUAUUGAAUUUCUAGUUCAAAAAUCAAUGAUUAUGGUAUAUUGUUUUGUAGUUAUAGAGCUGAGCGACUGACUAUUUAUUUGUAAUCUGUUGCAUC